GCCGCCUUUGGCGCGUCUCUGCUCCAGCCCUCCAGCCAGGCUGCCUCUUGACUCGCGGACGGCUGCUUCCUUUCACACAUACCCACGCACACACCCCGAGCGAGCCGCUCCGCGCGGAAACCUGUGUCCCUGCUGCCCCAUCUCCGACAUGAGGCGGACGCGGCUCUGCCUCCUUCGGCGUUGACAGCAGGAAUCCGCCUAUGCCGGGCAGCACUUCUGGAGCCGCCGCCGCCGCCAAAGCACCAGCCUGGGGAAAUGCCGCCGCCACCAGCACUCUUUUAACGAUUUAAAUGUCAUCCAUGGACCUCUCUCCCUCUACUCCGGCAUUUUUUUUCCUGUGCAGGAAUACUAUGAUUAAGGAGCUUGGGCUCUCUGAGGCUCGUCUCCAAGGGCAUACAUAGGCUGUUAACGCACUGAGCUACAGCUGCUUCUUGGCUAAGGUUGAAGGAAGACGUCUUAAGCCUGGAAAUCCUGCUUGUGCUUGCGCUCUAGCACACUUACACUUUACGCGCACACACUCUCACUCACUCACUCAUUCACUCUCUCACACACACACAUACACGGGCAGCACAAGACGCAUAUGCUAGGGCAGGUCCGUUUCCCUCUCUCGCACACCUUUUUUAUUCCAAAAGGCUGCUUCACUUUCUCAGUUCUCAUUGGGGGAAAUAAGGAAGUAAGAGAGUCUCCUGUCUCCGAGGUCACACAUUACAGAAAUCGGCUACUGCAGAGAAUCAGCAAGUUAAACAACAGUAAAAGAGGAGGAGAAGGAGGAGGAGGAAGGACCUUGAUUGAGAAUAAAUACUAAACAUCAAAGGAGACAAGUGGAAGGCGUGCCACCUGCGUGGAAGAACUAGUUCCAGCUUAAAACUGGAGGAUUAUCUUCUUCCUUACAUUUCCCUUUCUUGUUCAUUAUUAUUUUGGGAGCAGGUUGUAUAAUUCAAGAAUACCAUCUUUGCAAAAGCUGUGCAGGCUCUCCUCCCUUGGUUGCUGCUGCUGUUGCUGCCCACUGUCUGUCCUGUUCCUGUUGCUGACAGAAACGUGUUAACGAAGCAGAAAAGAGGAGGAAAAAUGCCAGCCAUCCUGGUAGCCUCCAAAAUGAAAUCUGGACUCCCCAAACCUGUCCACACUGCUAGCCCUAUUGUUCACGUCCCGGCGGCAAGGACCAUCCCGCAGCCCUGUUACCUGAAGUUUGGGAGCAAGGUGGAGGUGAACAAGUCCUCCUAUUCCAGCCAGAUUCCCCUCAAAUCCCAUUUUGGUCAUGAGAACACCGGAGAUGGCUUCCCUUUGAAGAAGAGUGGCUCCACAGAAAAUGGCUUUGAUCCACAGAUUUAUACAGAUUGGGCCAAUCACUAUUUGGCAAAGUCUGGCCAUAAACGUUUGAUAAAGGACCUGCAGCAAGAUGUGACUGAUGGAGUUUUACUGGCAGAAAUAAUCCAGGUUGUAGCAAAUGAGAAGAUUGAAGACAUCAAUGGCUGUCCAAAGAAUAGAUCUCAAAUGAUUGAAAAUAUAGAUGCAUGCCUGAGUUUUUUGGCUGCCAAAGGAAUAAAUAUACAGGGAUUGUCUGCAGAAGAAAUCAGGAAUGGGAAUUUAAAGGCCAUUUUAGGCCUUUUCUUCAGCCUGUCACGCUACAAGCAGCAGCAACAGCAGCCUCCCAAACAGCAUCCACAGCAACACCCAUCCCAGCCACCGCCUACGUCGCCCCAGCCAGCUGGACCUCCAUCCCAGUGUCAGGUUGGGCAACAAGAGCAGCAAGUGCAGCAGCCGCCGCAACCCCAGCAACUGGUGCCAGCUUCACCCCAGACUCAGUGCCAACAAUCCCAGCAACCGCCACAUCUUCAGCUAAAAGCACAACCAGAAAUGCAAUCCAGUGCAUCACCCAGGGACUCAUCUCAAAGCAAAAUCAUCCGAUUCACUCUCGGUCAGAAAAAGGCUUCUAGACUUCCAGGUCCUACCAUGAGGGUUUCAGCUGCAGGCAGCGAAGCAAAAACCCGUGGUCCAGUUAGUGCCAACAACCGGCGCAGCCAGAGCUUUAACAACUAUGACAAAUCCAAACCCACAAGCCCAUCUUCCCUUCUGUCAAACAGCAAUGAGAAAGAACCAGCAGACGAUUUACCCUCCCAGCCCACAGGAAUGAAUGAAAAUGCACCACCUCCAGCCCAAAGCAGCAGUGGCACCAAUGCUGCCAGUUGCAAUAACUCUUCUGCCAUCCCCCAGCCCAAUUCUGCAGUUAAACCCUGGCGCAGCAAGUCUCUUAGUGCUAAGCACACUGCCACGUCUUCCAUAUUAGCAGUAAAACAGCAAGUUCCAGAGCCUCCGAAACCGCCUCCAGAGAUGGUUAAAACAACUCCCAAUGGUCAGAAAUCCAUGCUUGAGAAACUGAAACUCUUUAAUACAAAAGGUGGCUCCAAAGCUGGAGGGUCAUCCCUUGAAUGUCCAGGGUCCAGGGACACAAGUUGUGAAAGACUGGAGGCCCUAACCAGUUUGGAGGAAAGCGAAGAGACAGAUGUUGCAAAUCGGAAUGUGAACAACCCAGGAUCAAUAUCUAAUAGUCCCAAAAUUGCACUCAAGGGAAUUGCACAAAGAACGUUUAGCCGGGCACUGACCAACAAGAAGAGUUCCCCAAAGGGCAACGAGAAGGAAAAAGAAAAGCAGAAGGAUAAAGAAAAGGAAAAAAACAAAGACAUUGCCAAGAGGAUAUCAGUAACAGAGAAAACAGACAUGAAGGAGGAGCUGAAAGAAGAACAAACCCCACCAGCUAUCACAGAGAUGCCAAAAAAAUCCUCCAAGAUCGCAAGCUUUAUUCCCAAAGGAGGAAAGCUAAACAGUGCCAAGAAGGAGGCACCUGCCCCUUCACACAGUGGGAUACCAAAACCAGGGAUGAAAAACACCACAGGGAAAUCCUCAAGUGCCCCAAAUUGUUCUGCAAAGGACGGCGAGAGAAGCCGCAGUGGGAAGCCUGCCUCAGGCCUCUCUCAUCAGAAGCCCCAGUUAGACAGCAGAAAUUCGAGUUCCACAUCAAGUUUGGCCUCCUCUGAAGGGAGAGGAAUAGGAGGGGUGUCUGCCCUGAGUACUAGCAGCAGCACGCAGGCUGUCAGUGGGCCAACAAGCAGUACCACACAGACCACAGGAAGCAAUACUGUGAGUGUUCAGCUACCUCAUCCACAACAGCAAUACAGCCACCCAAAUACUGCCACAGUAGCUCCUUUUAUGUACAGAUCCCAGACAGACAAUGAAGGGAAUGUAACGGCUGAGCCUAGCCCUGGAGGGGUAAGCACAAGCAUGGAUCCUGCUCCUUACACGAAAACUGGACAGCCUAUUUUAGAAGAUCUUUCUGGAGAAGAUCCAGAAACCCGCCGAUUGCGAACUGUCAAGAAUAUAGCUGAUCUUCGACAAAACUUAGAGGAGACCAUGUCUAGCUUGCGGGGAACCCAGGUCUCUCACAGCACCUUGGAAACCACAUUUGAUACCAAUGUCACCACUGAAAUAAGUGGACGCAGUAUUCUUAGUUUGACGGGAAGGCCGACACCUUUAUCGUGGAGACUUGGGCAGUCUAGUCCCCGUCUUCAAGCAGGUGAUGCUCCAUCAGUAGGCAAUGGAUACCCUCCAAGAGCCAAUGCCAGCCGGUUCAUCAAUGCAGAAUCAGGGCGUUACAUGUACUCAGCACCCUUGAGAAGACAGCUGGCAUCUCGGGGCAGUAAUGUUUGUCACAUGGAUAUCUCAGACAAAGGAGGAGAUGAAAUAGAUCUUGAAGGCAUCAAUGUGGAUGCUACAGGAUAUAUGAGUGAUGGCGAUGUUCUUGGGAAAAAUAUAAGGACUGAUGACAUUACAAGUGGGUACAUGACUGAUGGUGGAUUGGGUCUUUAUACCCGAAGAUUAAACAGACUUCCGGAUGGAAUGGCUGCCGUGCGGGAAACUCUGCAACGCAACACCUCACUGGGUCUGGGUGAUGCUGACAGCUGGGAUGAUAGUAGUUCUGUCAGCAGUGGGAUUAGUGACACCAUAGAUAACCUCAGCACUGAUGACAUCAACACAAGCUCCUCUAUCAGCUCUUAUGCCAACACACCUGCAUCCUCUCGCAAGAACCUAGAUUCACAGACUGAUGCCGAAAAGCAUUCCCAAGUGGAGCGGAAUUCCUUGUGGUCUGGUGAUGAAGUUAAAAAAUCAGAUGGCGGUUCAGACAGUGGUGUAAAAAUGGAGCCUGGCUCAAAAUGGAGAAGGAAUCCGUCUGAUGUGUCUGAUGAAUCUGAUAAAAGCACUUCUGGAAGGAAAAACACAGUCAUCUCACAGACAGGUUCCUGGAGACGGGGCAUGUCGGCUCAGGUUGGCAUUACCGCACCAAGGACAAAAACAGCAGCCACUGCAGGAACGUUGAAGACACCUGGAACAGGGAAAACUGAUGAUGCCAAGGUAUCGGAAAAAGGCAGAAUUUCUCCGAAAUCUGGACACAUUAAACGCUCCCCUUCAGAUGCUGGACGUAGCAGUGGUGAUGAAUCAAAGAAGCCUUCAGCAAACAACUGCAGAACAGCUGCUGCUAAUACAAAUACUUUUGGAUUUAAGAAACAGAGUGGACCAGCUGUAGGCAUGACCAUGAUAACAGCUAGUGGGGCAACUAUCACUAGUAGAUCUGCUACUUUGGGAAAAAUCCCCAAAUCAUCUGGACUCAUGGGGAGAUCCACUGGUCGGAAGACUAGUGUUGAUGGCUCACAGAAUCAAGAUGACGGUUACUUAGCCAUUAAUACCCGAACCAACCUUCAGUACCGGAGUUUACCUAGACCCAGCAAAUCCAGCAGCAGGAGUGGAGCUGGAAAUAGAUCUAGCACCAGCAGUAUAGACUCCAACAUAAGCAGCAAGUCAGCAGGCUUGCCUGUUCCUAAAAUGAGAGAGCCAACGAAAGUUGCUCUUGGGAGCUCUCUGCCAGGAUUAGUCAACCAGACUGACAAGGAGAAAGGGAUCUCAUCAGACAAUGAAAGUGUGGUCUCUUGCAGUUCUGUAAAGGUGAACCCGGCAUCUCAGGCAGCUUUGAAUGUGUCCCAGAGUGCUCACCAGCAAGGGGUGAAAUAUCCAGAUGUGGCCUCCCCCACUUUGCGCAGACUUUUUGGUGGAAAGCCUAGUAAGCAAGCUCCCAUCACGACAGCUGAAAACAUGAAAAAUUCCGUGGUCAUCUCCAACCCACAUGCAACCAUGAACCAACAGGGGAACCUGGAUUCUCCUUCUGGCAGUGGCAUACUCAGCAGUGGCGGUAGUAGUCCUCUCUAUAGUAAAAAUGCAGACAUGAAUCAGUCUCCAUUAGCUUCUAGUCCCAGCUCAGCUCAUUCAGCUCCUUCCAACAGCUUAACCUGGGGCACUAAUCCCAGUAGUAGUUCUGCUGUUAGCAAGGAUGGGAUUGGAUACCAGUCUGUCAGCAGCCUGCACACCAGUUGUGAAUCCAUCGAUAUUUCUCUCAGCAGUGGAGGUGGGCUGAGUCACAACUCUUCCAGUGGUUUGAUUGCGGCUUCCAAGGAUGACUCGUUAACUCCCUUUGUUAGAACCAAUAGCGUUAAGACAACAUUGUCAGAAAGCCCUCUCUCUUCCCCUGCUGCUAGUCCCAAAUUCUGCAGAAAUACUUUACCGAGGAGGCAGGACAGCGACCCACAUCUUGAUAGGAACACUUUGCCUAAGAAAGGACUCAGAUAUACACCAUCAUCACAACUUCGCAAUCAAGAAGAAGCAAAAGAAUGGCUGCGUUCACAUUCUGCCGGAGGCCUUCAGGACACAGUUGUUAAUUCCCCGUUUUCUUCUGGUUCCAGCAUCACAUCUCCUUCUGGGACUAGAUUUAACUUCUCCCAACUUGCAAGCCCCACCACAGCGGCCCAGAUGAGCUUGUCAAAUCCAACCAUGCUUCGGACGCACAGUCUUUCUAAUGCCGAUGGCCCUUACGAUCCUUACAGUGACACUCGGUUCCGGAAUAGCUCAAUGUCGUUAGAUGAAAAGAGCAGGACAAUGAGCCGUUCUGGGUCCUUCCGGGAUGGCUUUGAAGAGGUACAUGGCUCCUCCCUUUCUUUGGUUUCAAGCACAUCAUCCAUUUAUUCAACGCCUGAAGAAAAGUGCCAGUCAGAGAUUCGCAAGCUAAGGAGGGAAUUGGAUGCAUCCCAGGAGAAAGUAUCAGCUCUGACAACACAGUUGACUGCCAAUGCUCACCUUGUAGCAGCCUUUGAACAAAGCCUAGGAAAUAUGACCAUUAGACUUCAAAGCCUUACCAUGACUGCAGAACAGAAGGAUUCUGAACUGAACGAGUUAAGGAAAACGAUUGAGCUCCUGAAGAAACAAAAUGCUGCUGCUCAGGCUGCUAUUAAUGGAGUAAUUAACACACCUGAGCUCGCCUGCAAAGGAAGCGGGACUGCUCAAACCACUGAUUUACGGAUCCGAAGACAACACUCUUCUGACAGUGUCUCUAGCAUUAACAGUGCUACUAGUCAUUCCAGUGUGGGAAGCAACAUAGAAUGUGAUUCUAAGAAAAAGAAGAGAAAGAACUGGGUCAAUGAGUUGCGCAGUUCCUUCAAACAAGCCUUUGGUAAAAAGAAGUCCCCCAAGUCAGCAUCUUCUCAUUCAGAUAUUGAGGAGAUGACAGAUUAUUCGUUGCCUUCGUCACCAAAACUGCCUCACAACGGCUCUGUUGUGUCUACCCCACUACUGAGAACCUCACACUCCAAUUCUCUGAUUUCGGAAUGCAUCGAUAGCGAAGCUGAAACGGUCAUGCAGCUGCGAAAUGAGCUGAGAGACAAAGAGAUGAAGCUGACUGAUAUCCGUCUGGAGGCCCUCAGCUCUGCCCACCAACUGGACCAACUUCGGGAAGCUAUGAACAGGAUGCAGAGUGAGAUUGAGAAACUAAAAGCAGAAAAUGACCGGCUGAAGUCUGAAAAUCAAGGCAGCUGUAGCAGGGCCCAGUCUCAGGUCUCUAUUUCCUCCUCUCCAAGGCAGUCUAUGGGUCUCUCUCAGCACAGCCUGAACCUCACAGAGUCAGCUAGUCUUGACAUGCUGCUUGAUGACCCCAGUGAUGGUUCUUCUCGGAAAGAAAGUGGUAGACAUGUUAAAAUAGUUGUCAGCUUUCAGGAUGAAAUGAAAUGGAAAGAAGAUUCUAGGCCUCGCCUCUUCCUCAUUGGCUGUAUAGGAGUCAGUGGAAAGACCAAGUGGGAUGUUCUUGAUGGUGUUGUUAGAAGGCUGUUUAAGGAAUACAUCAUUCACGUGGAUCCUGUGAGUCAGCUAGGACUGAAUUCAGACAGUGUCAUGGGAUACAGCAUUGGGGAAAUCAUUCGCACAAAUAGCACUGAGACACCUGAGCUCCUGCCCUGUGGCUACCUGGUGGGUGAAAACAACACAAUCGCCGUGACUAUUAAAGGUGUUGUGGAGAAUAGUUUGGACUGUCUGGUUUUUGAAUCUCUAAUUCCAAAGCCUAUAUUGCAACGCUACGUGUCGCUUUUGAUGGAGCAUAGGAGAAUCAUUUUAUCUGGGCCAAGUGGUACGGGAAAGACGUACUUAGCCAAUCGUCUGUCAGAGUAUCUGGUACUAAGAGAGGGCAGAGAGCUGGCUGAUGGUGCUAUUGCAACGUUUAACGUGGAUCACAAGUCCAGUAAGGAACUCCGCCAGUAUCUUUCCAACCUUGCUGAUCAGUGCAAUAGUGAAAAUAACGCUGUCGAUAUGCCUCUGGUGAUCAUUCUGGACAAUUUGCAUCAUGUUAGCUCUCUGGGGGAGAUUUUCAAUGGUCUCUUGAACUGCAAGUACCACAAAUGUCCUUACAUUAUUGGAACAAUGAACCAGGCAACAUCUUCGACACCUAACCUUCAGCUCCAUCACAACUUCAGAUGGGUACUAUGUGCCAACCACACUGAGCCAGUCAAGGGUUUUCUUGGUCGCUUCUUGAGAAGGAAACUCAUUGAAACAGAAAUUGGUGGCCGGAUGAGAAAUGCAGAACUAAUUAAGAUCAUUGAUUGGAUCCCCAAAGUCUGGCAACAUCUCAACAAGUUCUUGGAAGCUCAUAGUUCAUCAGAUGUUACUAUUGGUCCACGACUCUUCCUCUCUUGCCCUAUAGAUGUAGAUGGUUCUCGAGUUUGGUUUACAGAUCUGUGGAACUAUUCCAUUGUUCCCUAUCUUCUUGAGGCUGUCAGAGAAGGACUACAGUUGUAUGGAAGAAGAGCUCCAUGGGAGGACCCUGCAAAAUGGGUAAUGGAUACUUACCCAUGGGCAGCCACCCCACAGCACCACGAAUGGCCACCUUUGCUGCAACUGCGGCCCGAAGAUGUGGGAUUUGAUGGUUACUCUAUGCCACGGGAAGGUUCAACUAGCAAGCAAGUUCCACCCAGCGAUGCUGAAGGAGAUCCUUUGAUGAACAUGCUGAUGAGAUUGCAAGAGGCAGCUAACUAUUCAAGCCCACAGAGUUACGACAGUGACUCCAACAGCAAUAGCCAUCAUGAUGAUAUCCUUGACUCAUCCCUGGAGUCUACAUUGUGAUGUACACUAGCAGAAAAUGGUUGCUUCCCACGGUCCAUCUCCUGCCUCAUUUAGAAAAAAAUUAAUCACCGAUCCAUGAGGAUAGUUGGUCUUUGGUCCAGAUGGACAACUCAGUAUUAAGAGCUACGAGAACAAUACAAAUUUAUUCUCCUCUCCCUCCGCCCUCCCCUCCCCCCAAUUCAGUGUCAAAUAUGGGUGCAGGCAACCCAGCUGAUGUUUUUAUAUUGUGUUUUUAUUUUUAUUUUCUUUAAUAAGAACUGCACUACUUUUUUUUUUUGUUCUUUUUGACAUUGCUGUGAGCUCACAUACCUAAGACACUGAAUACAUUUUUUCCAUAAAAAGGAUAUUAGUAUUAGUAGCUUCUGGGGAGGUUGGGGUUGGGGAAUGAUCACUUGCAAAACUAUGAAACAAAUGAGAACUUUGUGCCAUGUACUGUCCAGAAAGGGAAGAAGAGGAGUAGAUCUUGCCUAUGCUGCUUCUAAUCAAACUCAUUCAGUGACGGUUGGAUUUUCACAAGUCAUCUUUCAGCCUAACUUCAACUAUGAAUCGUUCUGGUGCUACAAAAUAACUUUUUGCCUUGUUAAUAAUAUAUCAUAAAAGGCAAGGAGAUGAAAAACAGGGAGAUCUGAAAUAGUCAUGCACACGCACAUGCAUAAAUGCACUAAAAUUAAUAAAUAAAUGAAGGCAGUUCUCCAGUUUGAGGGCCUGGCUUUUAAAAUCUUUGAUUCACUUUUUUUAUCUCUGUGCAGACACCAAACUGAGUCCAGUGGGCAGAGUUGUUGGGUGUUAUCAGUUAAGUUCCCACUGACAAAUGCACACUUGAGGGAGAAAAUGAAAACUGUUGCCAGAUUUUUCCUUCACAUUUUGCUUCUGUGGUGGUCAUUGCUGAAGAGGCAAGCUUGGAAAACUCAAGCGGCUUGUCUUCUCAGCAGUAGGAUCCAAGACAGAAAAGAGAGAGCAGAGGUGUGAGUGGACAUCCCUUCCUUGCAUACUGGCCUGUGUAUAUAAAAUACAAAUACCUGUCCUUUAAAAAAUACUAUUCAUGAUUUUGGAACCCUCUGUCAUUUAAUCAGUAGUUUUACAAAACAUUGAAAGAGGCAGUUAUCAGGAUCUGAGCAAGAUAUUCAGUCUUCGCUUGGGUUCAAUGCUCUUUUCUAUUCCAUUUUUCUUUGAGCAGUUUCUCCUCUAAUGCAGUAGAGCAAGCCAUUUCUAGAGCAGAAGCAGUUUGGCAUGAGUUGUGGAAGACCAGUGUUUAAAAGAAAGAAUGAAAUUGGUCUGAAAUCCCUUCAGGCUCAUGGUAGUGGUUGUAUAACUGGGCCCUGGCUAGAACCUCUUGAAGUCAGAAGUUUAAUCAGCAUUCAACUGCAUCAUGCAAGUCCUUCUCCCACAUACAUGUUAAAUGUAUGGAUUAAAUAGCCACAACACCUAGUGGCCUUGUGCCUAAUAUCCUCCUUCCUACUGUCCUGAUACCCACACAUUUAGUGGAACGUUGGAAAAUAGCAGGAAGGUGUCACUCUUCAGCUCCACUAAAUAUGCAGAUGUCAGGGUGAUGCAGGACAGGCAUGGGGUUAUAAAGAGCAGGGAGGAGGUACCAUGUUCCGGUGGCAGAAAAAUUACCCAUCCCUGCAGACCAAAGGGAUGACUAGCUGGUAGGCCCAACUCAUGGCGGGAAUGACUCAAUGGAGUUCUUAGUGCUUAUUUAAUCCUGUCUUUCCAUUUGCUUUCAAAAUACUACCAGUGACCCAUGACUCCGUGGAAGGGUAUAGACUACCAGUAGCGCAGGAUGAGGCAUGACCAUCUGCUUGGAGCACAAGUUUCCAGUAUCUGCUUAGUGCCCUUUUGGAAUAGAUGUCUCCUCAAGAGGUACAGAGGUAAAAGAAGGAUAGUGUGUUUACUUCUCAACUAAGAGAAGUCUGAAAUCCCAUGUCAAGUUUGAGUAAGAUGGAAUGUGCUCACUGAACAUGAUGAAUUUUACCCAGUUAGCUCAGAUGCUUCUAUUUAAUUAAGAAUUUUAUACAACUGGAUCCAGUCAGGUUUUAAGCUGUGUGGAAUCAGUUCCAGUCCAUCGGUUAAAGGUUUUUAAAAGAUUUGUUACUUAGCCAGGCCUUGAGGAAAGGAGAACUGCCUCUAUAAAGCUGAGGUGGAGAACGUGCAGCCCUCCAGAUGUUGUUAAAUUGCAGACAGACCCCCUUUUGUGUAGUCCUUCCCCACUGACGAUCUUUCCUAAAGCUCAGCCAUAGUUGAAUGAAAUCUGGAGGGCCAUGCAUUCCCCACGCCUGGGAUUAAAAUAUUUGUAAAAAAUUGGGUUUUUUAAACCCAUGGGCCAAGUGGUGAACAUCUUUUCCUAGAUAUCCUUUUUUUCAUCUUCAGAUGCACAAAAUAAAGAUUCUUUUGUUUAAUUGGUGCUUCAGUUGGGGAGCAAGAAUUUCCCAUAAAGAAUUAGUUUGUUCUUGUUGUCCUUGUUGUUGUUCAAAAUAGACAACAGCAACCAGUCAGAUGUCUUAGGCUGUACCUCAGUUAGAGACACAUUCAUGAGCAUAUACACAGAUACAUACAUACAUAGACACACAUACAAGCCUUUUCAGCUAUCUUUGGGUGCUGAUUUUUUUAAAGUGAUGCCUUACCUACUUUCUACUAAUCGUGUCUGAAUUCCAUUAGUGCUGUAUUUGAUGGAGACUUCUUUUUUUUUAAUUUAAACAAAACAGGGCUAUAGAGGUCAUCUCUUGAUGAUGUGAGUUGCUGUGAAUAUUGUUUAUAAUAAUAUAUAUGAACAAUUUUUUUUUGUUUGUUCCUAAAUGUGAUAAUAACUGAAAGAGGGAAACGAUACAGAGCGAGGGAGGAGAACAUUUGAGAAUUUCCAUGUCAUUCUGCAGCUAAUCAUUCAUUGGACAGAUGUUUCUCCAAUAAAAGAAAAAAACUACACAAUAAUAACAAUAACCCACAAACUUUUUGUACGAUACUGAACAGCAUCACUACUAAAGUAGAAGAAAGUGAUGGGAUCUUUUUAUUUUGCUUUGAAAUAUGCAGGUAGAAUACUUGCCACAAUUUUCAAACAGAGUGUGUUUAAUCUUUACAGGUCUAAUAUGGUGCAAGAAGCAGCAACAUGCUAUCAUAACUCAGUUUACUGAGAGGAUAGUUCCUGUUAUACCUCAUAAUUUCUGCUUUUGGUGACCUGAGUGAAUUUAACAUGUUGUCUUUUGAGCUUUUUGUGAAUUUGCUCUUGUUAACUAUUUUCUAGUUCUGAUGUUUGAAAUAACACAGCUAUUUGUAAAGGCCACUUUUGAAUCACUCAGGCAUUGACUCUUGGAUUUUAAAGGGAUUCUUGCGUGUUUAGUAACAAAAUAGAAGGUUACUCAGCUCAUAUUCUUAAUUCUAAUCUUUUUGCUGAAAAUGGGCCACAAGUGUUUUAGAAUCUAAGAAGAUUGGAAGAAGCUAGUUUUUUCAGAGCUGACUGUUGGGUUUAUUAGAGUGAUUUUGGGACACAGGCUUAAAAGAUCUAGGUUUAAACAAAUCCUGUUUUUAUGGGCAUUCUAUUUCUACUGAAGCCAAAAGGGUUCUUUUCUAGGAUCCCCCCCAGUGUGGUGAUUUUCUUACAGUCAGGAUUUGUUUCAUCCAGAGAGAUCAUUCCAAAUGACACUUUUAUAUAUUCUGAAGUGGCACAGUCCUGGAAGAAUUGUUCUAUAUACUUUUUCUGAACAAAUUCUUAAUCCAGUACAGAAUGCAGUCUGGUCUCUUUAAAAGUAAUUCCUUCCUGGAAAUAUAUUUGCAUUGUACUCAGGAACUGUACACAGUUUCUUCACAAAAAUAUAUUUUUGUUUGAAGAAGUCCUCUGGUGGAGGAAGAUCACUUUCAUUGAAAAAGGCCAUCUGUGUUGGCUUCCAUGGGUAUUCAUUCCCAAAUUGCACAUUGUAACAGUUCACAUUUUGAACCUCCACACUGUAGUGUGGAGGUUCAUUGCUCUGCAGUCUAUUAGAUUUCCUGAUUUCAUGCCAGGAAUGAUUGUAGCCACACAUGAUCCUAAAAUCUAAAGCUUGCCAAUUUAGAUGCAUAGAAAGAAUGCAUUAUAUUUUAAGCAAGGUAUUCCCCUACCUCACUCCUGCCAGGAUAUGCUAUUUUUUAAAAACACUGCAAAAGGACAGGCUGUCAGCAUUGUCAAAAGUAUGAUAAGCAUAAGGCUGCUAAUAUUAUAACUGUCCCCUUUGGCAUUGUUUGGAAAAGAAGCUUUCUGGCAAAGUCCCCAUAUCCCUGAUUUUAUUCUGUUCAAAAUUGGGGAUAUUUGAUAUAAGCCACCUAUUAUUGUUGCAUACUAAAGGGCAAUUGGUAAACCUGGGAAUUCUGA